UUUAGCGCAAACACACUCAUUAUCACACACUAUUUGGCAAUAUUACACGAUAUCGGCUCUUAUCGCACAGAAGAGAAGACAGCGAGGGUAGUUUGACAGCUAUGAAAUUGUUUAUCUCAUACAACCAAGAAUGGAAUGAUGAGAACUAUUUCAACAAACAAGAUACAUCGGGGCCGUGUUCAAGUGACUAUUAGAUCAUCCUUUUUACACAAACCUUGUCCAGAACAUCAUGUCCGGUUGGAAAAUAAAAGCUGAAAAGAAGAAAUCUGAGAGGGAUAACGCCAUAAAGGAGGCGCUUACUAAGUUACCAGAAGACAAGUAUGAAGUGGAUGUUAAAAUCCGGGAGCUUUCAGCCACGGCAUUAGCAAAGAAGGUAGCAAAUAAGGAGUAUACAGCUCUACGUACUGUAGAAGCUUAUAUUCGGGGUAGUGUGGAAGCCCAUGAACGCACGAAUUGCUUAACCGAAGUAUUAUAUGAGAGAGCAUUAGAAAUUGCUAGAGCACUCGAUAAACAUCAAGCCAGCACCGGCAAUACGAUUGGACCAUUACACGGUGUGCCGAUAAGUGUGAAAGAUAUGGUCAAUAUUAAGGAUGUUGAUUCUACUAUUGGUUUCACAAACUGGAUCGGUAACCGUGCAACAGAUGAUUCCGCGAUAGUUAAGAUUCUUGUACACGCAGGUGCUAUCCCAAUCGUUAAGACAAACAUCCCACAAACAAUGCUCUCGUUUGAGUGUUCAAAUCCACUUUGGGGGAGAACUGUCAAUCCGUACAACAAAGAUUAUACAAGUGGGGGUAGUUCCGGUGGUGAAGCAGCAUUAUUGGCUUCUAAGGGAGCUGCUGCAGGUCUUGGUACUGAUAUUGGAGGAUCAUUGAGAAUACCAACUAGCUAUUGCGGUACAUACUCUAUUAAGCCAAGUUUCGGCAGGUGGCCAUUAAAGGACAUGAAGUCUGUCGUAGCCGGAUUUGAAGGAAUCAAAGCUACUGUCGGACCGAUGACACGCUCGGUUGAGGAUUUGGAACUCGUAGCCAGGACUGUUUUUAAUUCAACAAUUCUCACUGAUGUCGCUGAAUCGUCAAUAGCGCCAGUACCAUAUAGGACCAUCGAACUACCAAAGAAGAUCAGGUUUGGUUACUACACGGAUAACAACUUCGUCAAGUCUUCACCAGCUGUUCGUAGGGCUGUUUUCGAAACAGUGGAAAAACUCGAGCAAGCUGGUCAUGAGUGUAUCGAUGUUGGGCCAGUUGAUGCCGAGUCUGCGAUGGAGAUAUUCAUUGCUCUUUCAGCGGCGGAUGGAUUCAAAACACUUAUGUCUCCACUUGGAGGAGAUCCACGCGAACCUGCACUAUUUUUAAUCGCAUUGGGUGCCAAAUUACCUUCAUUCAUUAGACAUUUAGCUGCAUGGGCACUCGAGAGUUUCACACCAAAUGCGGGAUUCGCGAAAGUGUUGAGAGAAUCAGGUGAAAAAUCAGUACAAGAUUACUAUAGAUGGACAACCAAGCGUAAUGAGUUCGCGAAGGAGUUUAGGAAUGAGGUGUUCAAAAAACACAAGUUGGAUGGUUUGAUAGCGCCUGUGCAAUCUAUGCCAAAUGUACCACACACGCUCACAAAAUAUCUGAAUAUGAUAGCUGCCGAGACCAUCACUUACAAUGUUACAGAUAGCACUGUUGGAGUACUUCCGGUUACCAAAGUCGACAAAAACCUAGACCAGUUACCAAGUAAUUACGCGUCUGGCAAGUCGGCGAGAGCCCAGCUACUGGAGGACAGAAUGUACGCUGGUAAAGAGCCUGUAUACAAUGCAGAUAAGAUGCACGGUCUGCCAAUAGGAAUACAAGUAAUCGCGGAAAAGGCAUACGAGGACGAGAGGGUAAUAGAGUUAAUGAAGGUUAUUGACAGUUUAGUUAAUUAA